AUGGAGGAGCUCCAAGCGCUGCACAGAAAGCAGUUGCGCGAUUUACAGAGCCGCAUCACGCAGAAGAAAAAGGCCGCGAGCAAGAAGACGCGAAAGGGCGUCAACGAUGAGUGUGACCGGCUCGAGGCUGAGCUCAAACUUCGACAGGGCUCGGAACUCGCCGCAUUGAAUGGCGAGGAGGUCGACGGUGAGGCGCUUCCAAUCGAGCAGCUGGAGGACUUGACGUUGAAAAUUGACGGCGAGGACGAGCAACCUGCAGCCACUCAGAGUCAACUGCCCAAUGCUACUACUCCCCCUGUAGAGGAAAAUUCCGCGCCUGGUGUGAAGAAACCCGGCAGGCAAAAAGCCCGUCUAGCUCGUCGCGCAGCAGAACAAGAAGAGCUGGCGCGACAAGCAGCCGAAGAGGCGCAAAAUCUCCCGGAUCUCAAGGAGCAAGAGCGAGCCCGCAUGCAAGAAGCGAUGAAGCAGCAUGGUCUAUCGGAGAAGGAAAUCCGCGCCGAUGGCCAUUGCCUGUAUUCUGCCGUGGCCGACCAGCUCGAGCAGCUGGACAUUGCCAUUGGCACUUCGCCAGACGACAAACCUGCACUGGCCUACAAAGCCGUACGAUCCAAGGCUGCCGAGUAUAUAGGUCAGCACCAGGAUGACUUUGUACCGUUCUUGGAGGAACCGCUUUCGGAUUAUCUGCACAAAGUGCGGGAUACAGGCGAAUGGGGAGGUCAGUUGGAGCUCAUGGCCUUGGCGAAAACUUACCAAAUAGACAUCAAUGUGCUCCAGGACUUUGGGCGCGUGGAGAAGAUUGAAGGCGGCGGUACUGGCAAGGCCAUGUGGUUGGGCUACUACAAGCACGGCUUUGGGUUGGGUGAGCACUACAACAGCCUGAGAAAGGCUGCUUGA